AUGAGUAUCCAACUUCUAGAACUCCUUCUAGAGCUCAACUCGAGCAUCAGAAUCCCUCGACACUUUCGAUACGAGCUAGACGUUCCUACGGAGCCAUUCCCCAGGGCAUAUUACCAAGAACCGGAUACUGUACCAAAACUCAACUACGACGUCGCGACUGCUCGCCAAAAACUCCGCGAAGCGAGGGUGAAGUUAAUAGAAGGCAAAAUAUCCCCAGCCUCGUGCCAACGACUUGAAGAAUCCAUAACCCGGGGCGACAAUUUUGCUCCAGCGCUUCACUAUACCGAACUCUUGAAAACACCACAUGCGGUUCCAGCGAACGGUGACCACCCAGGCCCAGUCGAAGAUCUAGAUUCUACGCUUGGAUUUCUGUCUCCGGAGCACGACAUGGAAUAUACAAACAACCUCGACUCAGGCGCAGGCUUCACUCGGACAGGGGAACGGCCGUCGACCGCUGAGAGAGAAAGGGAAAUCAUCCUGCGCAACCCCACGUCGAUGUAUCACUGGCUGCGAAAAAAUGAUCCUAGUGCCUUCCUGGAGACAGAAUCGGUUGGCGUCCCGGAGAAGCCGUCAGUAUCGACAAAGGCAGCAGCUACUCGUACCUCCAAGCGGGCGGCGGCACAAGCCUCGAAAGAGGACAAGGGGCCCGAGGAGGACGCUUUUAUGCUUGACUUGGAGCCAGAGGUUACAAAGGGUGGCAGUCGAGCUAAGAGGAAACGAGACGAAGAUGGUGGAUACCGUCCAAAGGGCGGAAGUAGCGGUCGAUCGAGGAAGAAGAAAGAAGAUGCCCCAAAGAGAAAGCGAACAUCUACUGCCGCUGCUGCAACGGCAAGCUAA